GACGCUUAGUCCGUCUAUCAUAAACGCUGGACUUGAAUAAAUCACUUUCCUUGGACAUUUCAUGGGUUAUUCGACUAUGUUCGACCUUUAAAUUAGCCAGAAGAAAUCUUACAAACACCGAUAUUCUGGUUGUUGUGAUGGUACUGUAACGCAAGUAAGCUAUCACACGGAGUGUGUGGUGUUGAUGAGUGUGUCACGUUAGCUAGCGAGCCUGGAAGAUUGUUUAUCACCAAUCCUAUGAAUUCGUGGGAUUUGUGGAGGGUCUACAGUUUCAGGUAGCCGCUUUUCAGUUGACCAGAGCCUGUUGUUAACGUACCAUAAUGCCGCGAUCCUGAGGUGUUGGCUGGGACGAAAAAGGGAUGUACUCUCCUGUGAGAAAGGACUACGUCGCGCUGACCUUGCGUGACCAGUACAGCCAUAACUAUACCAACGGGAAACAAUGGAGGAGGCAGUCCUGCUGGAGGAAAUGGAAGCAGCUCUCCCGGAUGCAGCGCAGUCUGAUCCUCUUCCUGCUGGCCCUGCUACUGGCCUGUGGCAUCAUCACCUACCCCAGCCUGACUCAGCAAUGGAGAGGGCUUUCUGACCGCGCCUCUGAGGACGAAUGGGACGCUGAGGACAUCAAAGGCAUACGGCCCAUCCCACCAGGGGCCGUGCCCAAGGUCAACCCUGACUACGUCCCAGAGGUCGUUCCCCAAAAGGUCGUUCCCCAGGAGGUCAUCCAAGAGCUGUCGAGGCCAAUUGUUCCCAUCCUACCUAAACCACUGGAAAUGAAGAAACCACUUCCAAACAAACGGGGUCCCCCUGUCCUGCAGAGGCGAGGGAACGCAUCAGACCCUGAGGUGAAGGAGAAGCAAGAGCCGGCACAGAAGAACGAAGGAGUGCAGGAAGAGGAAAAGAAAGGAGAGAAGCCUCUCAUCAGCUGGAGGGGUACUGUGAUCGAGGCAGAGCAGGCCACAGACCCCCCACCCUCAGUGCAGGAGAAGGAAGGAGCUGCAGGGCCCUCUAAGGCAGGGGAAGCAGCACCUCUGCCUGCAGCAGCAUCUGUCAGCCCAGAGGACCGCGUGGAAGCGGUGCGGGAGGCCUUCAGGCAUGCUUGGAAGGGUUAUAAGGAGUUUGCCUGGGGCCAUGACGAGCUGAAGCCCAUCACCAAGUCUUAUGGGGAGUGGUUUGGCCUGGGCUUAACCCUCAUCGAUGCCCUGGACACCAUGUGGAUUCUAGGCCUCAAAGAAGAGUUUGAGGAGGCGAGGACGUGGGUGAAGGAGAAGCUGUCAUUCAACAAGAAUGUGGACGUGAAUCUCUUUGAGAGCACAAUCCGCAUCUUGGGAGGCCUCCUCAGCACCUAUCACCUGACAGGAGACGAGCUGUUCCUGGACAAGGCCAAAGACAUUGGAUCCAGACUUAUGCCUGCCUUCAAAACCCCGUCUAAAAUCCCCUUCUCGGAUGUAAACAUUGGCAAAGGCACCGCCCGCCCACCUCGCUGGACCACCGACAGCACCGUUGCCGAGGUAACCAGCAUCCAGCUGGAGUUCCGAGAGCUCAGCCGUCUUACAAACGACCCACAGUACCAGGCUGCGGUAGACGAGGUGAUGAGCCGCGUGCACAUCCUGGAGGGCAAGCACGACGGCCUGGUGCCCAUGUUCAUCAACACCAACAGCGGCAAGUUCACCCACCGUGGCAUCUACACGCUGGGCGCGCGCGCCGACAGCUACUACGAGUACCUGCUGAAGCAGUGGCUGCAGGGAGCCAAGACCGAGACCGCACUAUUGGAUGACUACCUUCAGGCGAUUGAGGGAGUGAGGAAGAACCUGCUGAGGAAGACGCAGCCCAGUCUCCUGACGUUUGUGGGGGAGCUGUCUCACGGCCGCCUCAACCCCAAAAUGGACCACCUGGUGUGUUUCCUGCCGGGCACGCUGGCGCUGGGCGCCCACAACGGCCUGCCCUCCGAGCACAUGGAGCUGGCCAUCGAGCUGAUGGAGACGUGCCACCAGAUGUACGCCCAGAUGGAGACGGGCCUGAGCCCCGAGAUCGCCCACUUCAACCUGCAGCCCCACAGUAGGCGUGACGUCGAAGUCAAGCCCGCGGACAGACACAACCUCCUGCGGCCAGAGACGGUGGAGAGCCUGUUCUACCUGUACAGGUAUACCCACGACUCCAAGUACAGGGACUGGGGCUGGGAGAUCCUGCAGAGCUUCAACAAGUACACCCGAGUGCCCACAGGGGGCUACACUUCCAUAUCCAACGUCCGCGAUCCGGUGAGCCCUGGGCCGCGGGACAAGAUGGAGAGCUUCUUCCUGGGCGAGACGCUGAAGUAUCUCUUCCUGCUCCUCUCCGACGACGAGGAUCUCAUCAGCCUGGACAAAUACGUCUUCAACACGGAGGCGCAUCCACUGCCCAUCUGGCCAUCCGCCUCCUGAAAGGACGAAAGCGAGGUCAGGCAACGGGAUCAACUUUUCUCCUCUUCCUCCCUGUCCCCCUCACGGGACGCCGCACAGAUUGAGAGAAGGGCGUCAAACUCCACUGGGACCCGGUGUGUGGAGGCUGGCAGCUGUUACAGUGUGCCUUUUUUAUCAGUUAGGUGAGACCUUCUGACAGGUCUGAAAUGAAGGGAUUUAAGACCAUGUGAGGGCUUCCUUUCUCUCUCUCUCUCUCUCUUUCUUUCUUUCUUUCUCUCUCUCUCUCUCUCUCUCUCCUUAUCUCUUUGUC